GGAAGCCAAUGAAAAAGGCCAAAAACAAAUGCAAAGUUGAUUUGACAGGGUAGAUAAAGAGACAUAGUAAAAGAAGAAGUGCAAAAUAUAUGGAGAAAAAAGAAAUGGAGAGGCAACCAGAUAAGGAAUCAGACAAGAGUAAGUUAGAAGGUUUACCAGUAGAUACAAGUCCUUAUACACAAUAUAAGGAUUUGGAGGAUUACAAGAAACAAGGGUAUGGAACACAAGGACAUCAACAACCAAAUCCUGGCCGUGGUGCUGCUAGUUCCACCGACGCGCCGACACUCUCCGGUGGUAGAUCUGCCUCUGCUCACUCUCAGCUUUCUGCUACUGAUACCAUCAAUCGCCAGGGUGUCCCUUAAUUUGCUUAAUGUUUAGUUAUCAGAGGCAGAUCUAGAGCUAGUUUUACGAGUUCAAUUGAUCUCAUUACUUUCCGGUCUAAAUAAUGGGAUCUCGUGUAACUAUGUAUACAUAUGAAAAUGAAGUUUUAAAUGUAUACAUAUAAUAAGAAUUUUAGGUUUUUGUUGACAUUGUUGCAAUGUUGAAUUUCGCGUGCAACUCUAUAUGUUUGUGUUGUUAUGUAUGUCUCAUGUUCUUGUAAUUUAAUUAAAUCUCACAAAAAAAUUGUAACACGUUUAUAUAUCCUAAAGCAUUGCCAGGUUUUUAUUA